AUGAUGAUAACAUUAGUCUAUCUUUGGAUUGGAUUAUGCAUACCUCAUGCAGUUGUGGCUCAACAAUCAUCAUUUCAAUUACUCAGCAAUGAAUUUCAAGGUUUUAGUUCCAUGGAUCAAUUGCUAUCUAGUGAUGGCAUCAAUACAAUAGCACCAUCUAAUGAAAUCUUUUCAACUAUAUUCUUGCAAAGCGAUGUAAUUCAAUCACUGGACUUAAUCAGUAACGAUUUUGAUAGCGCAGUAAAUCAACCAUCCAUUGAUUUCAGUCUCUCUCAACUACCAUUAGCCAGUGAUUAUAGCGUUAUUGAUACCAUUUCGAUUGUAUCUUCAAAUCAACUGUCAAGCGCAGCUUCUGAAAUUAGUCAAACUGUAAGCAGUACGACAACAAUUGCAAUUCCAGCUGUGAGUGAUUUAUUAUCAUCAGCAUUUCCUGAUCCCUCGUUAUCGAAUCAACUACCUUUGGAAUCAUCAGUUAUUGAUCAGUUGAUAAGUGAAUCACAAGUUAUUUUCGAUUCUGGAAGCCUAAUUUUGCCAUCAAGUAAUCUUGAUAGCAUCACAGAUGUUAGUAUUCUAACCACUAGUUAUCCACAGGUUACAAGUGAUGUUUCAUCGGUUCCUUUGCCGGAUGGUGGUUUUAGUUUGUAUAGCGAUCCGAACUAUUCACAAGUAUCGACACAAACUGAUUAUCAAGUAACAACGUACUAUUCCACUGUUUUAUCGCCGUCUCAAACCAUAACAGACUCUAAUUCUCAGAUCUCCAUAAUUUUGGUCGAAUCUGAUACACUUACUAAUAUUAUUUCACCGUCAUUAACCGACCAAAUUGGUCAAACAAGUCGUGAUAUCAGUGUUUCUACUGAUGCCUUAGCAUCUCCAUCGAUUUCAGUCGCUCCUACAAUACUACCUAACCCUACUACCGACGCUACUACACCAACUACAUCAACUAUUCCAAUACCAACGGAUGCUACAACACCAACGAAUGCAACUACACCAACUAAUCCAACUACUUCAACAACAUCAUCGAAUACGCCAACUGCAACCAAUGCAACUACAAGUACAACCUCUACUCCAACUUCCAAUGAGACCGCUACUGAUGGCAUCUAUCAAGUUCCAAAUGCAACUUAUCUAGUAGAAUUUGAUAUGUCUGUCAGUGUUACUAUCCAAUUAAGCAAUGAUACAUUUAGAAACGAUUUACAAAAUAAAUUGGCAGCAUUAUAUGAUAGCGCAGCAGCCACACGGGUCAAACGAGCAACAUUACCGGUAGCAACCACCGUUGGGGUAUAUAACACAAGUAGAAGUGCAACAACUCCUACCAGCGCUUUGAUUGUCUUCUAUGUUAUAAAAAGUCAAGAAUUUAUUUUAGGAACUACUGCUGCUGCUACUCUCAAUCGAGUUGAUAAAACUGUUGCUUCGGCUACACUUCAUCGUCCAGUACUAUCUACAUUCAGGGCUCUCGUUGCACCGGUGCCUGCUGUUUUUCCUUACUGGAUUAUUGGUGCUGCAGCAGGGGGUGUUGUUUUACUUGCACUCGUUGGACUAGUUGUAUACUAUAAGUGCUAUGUUGAUUCGGCCAACAAAAAAAUAGAAGAAGAAUUACAAAUGGUUAAGAAACCACCAUCAGAUCCUAAGGAAGUUGCUAAACUGGAAGAAACAGCUUUUGUUGUUCGACCACCUCCAACUAUUGCAGGGGAAACACCACCGCCACCGUCUUCCUAUAGGCCACGAAACAAAAUUCGGCCGAUGCCAGCUCCACGACGUGAUUUACCUAUCGAUAAAUCGGAUGAUAGUGAUUCUGUCGAUAGGCCAUUGCCACAUCGAAAGCGAGAUAGCAGUAGAUCAGAUGAUCAAGAAGAAAAUGAUAUCCGUGAGCGAUUACGGACACGUAGAUCGCAGCGUGAAAUAUUUAGGAAAGCUGUUGUUUCUGAAAAGCCAGAAAUUAGAUUAAUCAGUCGUCGAGAAAUUUCGACUAAUGCAUCGGUUCCAGCGGUUGGGUUACCACCACGAGGUAGAAAUAAGUCUAAAUCAACGCCAAACAAAGAUGAUCAUGAAUUGGACGAGAAAAAAGUUUUUGAGCAUAAAUCUGAAGUAGAAAGAUGGCGCAAUAAACAACGACAACGAGAUAGAAUUAAUGCAAUUAUUGGUAAACAAGAGUUAGCCAAACCAGAAGCAAGCCUACCAGACCCAGAGCAAAAGAAAUCUUGGAGAAAAUCACAAAAAGAUAUUGGCGCUGUAUUAGAUCCUGAAUCAGCAGCUGCUAAGAGUAAAAGAUUUAAAAACUUUGGCUAUCGACAACGCUAUCGAAUCGCUCCAGAGCCAGAAGCUGUAUCAGCAAGUUCUACACCACACAAGCCAGAGGAAAUGAAUUUAUUACAUACGUCGGAGAGGGAUAACGAUCAACCAGAUGAUACACAUCUACCACCAAUUAACAGUGAUGGUAGUAAAGAACCACAGGAUGAAAAGACAAGAGAGAAAAUGCAACAUCUUAUUUCUGAUGCAUUGAAAUUACUCGGUCCAGAUUUUUCUGAUACACUAGCAAAGGCAUUUGAGGAAAAGAUAUCCAAAGAACAAAGCCCGCAAAAUUCUACCCUGAAUCAAAGUGAAAUACCAACAGCUACACUAGGUAGUUUAGGACGUGAGCAAGAAGGACCACCACAAAUUUCACAGCAGUUCAACAAGCAACAAGAGCCUAAACCGGCUAAUACAUUUCAACCUAUCUUUACCAGUGGACCUAGAACCAAUGGUCUAUCUAAUGUGCCUAAAUCGAGCAUGCCACGCUCUUUCAUACGUCCAGAACAAAAUCAAUUUAAUAAAGCCCAAGAGGUUACUGCACCAGUGGUUGGUAAUCGUAUACGCGCACAACAACAGUUUAAUAAUCAGCAAUAUCCACCAUUGUAUUCCUACUAUCCUCAAAAUAUGUCCAUGCCCAAUCAACCGAUCUAUAAUCCUAUGUUGGCAACGCAUCCAAACAUGUUUGGCAUGAGGCCGCCAUAUCUUAUGGGCUACCAGCCUCAACCGCAACCUCAAUAUACUGCUAUACCAAUGACUGAUAGUGGCGAGCAGAUGCACGUAACUCCAGUUGUUCAGCAACCUGAUGGAAUGGGUGGAAUGACUUGGGCACCAGAUUAUUCAGCUAUGCAGAAUAAUAAUCCACAAUUUUUACCGACCGGACAAAGCAAUGUCAAUCCAAAUGCAUCUUUCCAGGACACACCAACAGCAAAUCGUCUACCAACGACAAGCAAUAUAAAUCAAUCACAACGAACGCCAACAUCUUUAGGUGGUCUAUCAUCACUUGAUAGAACAGGACCUCGGGCGCAAAAAUUGGCAGUAAGAAGUCCAGCAGGAUUACAAGCUAUGGAACCACUAUCCAAUACAGUUGAUAGUUUUGCCAGUGGUGUAUCUUCACAAAGCUCUAAACCUUUAAUUAGAAGUAUUAAAGAAGAAUUACUAAAGUUGUCGACAAGAGGCUCUGUUCUAUUAGAUAACAAAGAUACAAGUUCUACUAAUCUUUUAGAUAGCAGCCGCAAUAUAUAA